UUGAAACUUCAACACAAUUAAAUCUUAAUCUUGUUUACAAUUUUUUUUUCUAUUUAUGUCUCAUCUUGUUGGAAUCACAAUUAAAUCAAUGAUUACUUAAUUGUUAUCAUGAUUAAUAUUGACCAAUACUAUGUGAUGCAAUAAUUGUAACAAUUUAUCUUAACCACUAAUUCAAAUCAACUUAUUGUUAAUCAUCAUAACUUUUUUGACCAUUUAACUUAAUUGUCCAAGUAUUUUCAUUUUUACUUUCUUAUAAUUAACUAAUUGCUAUAAUUUAUAUAACUAUUGUUUACAUUUUGUGUUUUGUUAACUACUCUUGAUUAAUUAAUUACAAUCUAUCACCUUAAUCACCGUUGUUUUGUUUCGUAUUGUGUUUAAUCAAAUGGUUUAAUUUUCUAAUCUAAAUGACAUUGAUCAUCUAACUAUUAGGAUUAUAAUUAAAGUGUUUCCAUUAACUGGAUUACAAUUAAAGACCACAAAUUCAAAAUCAUUGCAAAUGCUUCAAUUUAAAUUGUUCAUAUUAUUAUGUGUAUUAACUUUUGUCUACUCGAAUACUAAUACUCAGCAACAAUUACGUGACAGAAGUAGACGGGAGAGACAAAGGUAUUACAAUCCAUGUUCAGAGUGUGUCCAGCAGCCAUGUUUAUGUGAGGGUCAAAAAGGAUUCAUUGGAGCACCGGGUUACGCUGGAUCAAAGGGUUUCAUCGGAGAACAUGGUGAAACAGGGCCAACUGGGGACAAAGGUGAAAGGGGCGAGCGAGGUAACAUUGGGGACUGGGGUCCUCCAGGACCAAAGGGCUAUCGAGGUGUGGAUGGAGCUCGAGGUCCAUCAGGCAAGACAGGAUUAGACGGACUCAGAGGGUAUCCUGGUGAACAGGGUGAACCAGGAAUUCCAGGUUGUGAUGGUGCACCGGGCUUCUCAGGGUCUAAGGGACGCAGAGGAAUUCCUGGUUUCGUCGGUCCAGUUGGAGAUAAAGGAUUGCGAGGUUCACCGGGAGCACCAGGAGAUGGAGGAAUUAACUCACCAGGAUUCAAAGGUGAUCCGGGAGAGCCUGGAUUACCUGGAUUACCUGGAUUACCGGGUGAUAUCGGUGAUAUCGGUCCACAAGGUUUAUUAGGUGGUGUUGGUCCAGCUGGACCUUAUGGACCUCGUGGCGAUAUUGGGCCAAUGGGCGAAUCAGGGGAGACAACAAUUGGAGCAACAGGUGAGCAAGGAUUUAAAGGAGAGAUUGGUGAUAGAGGUGAUCCAGGAGGAGAAGCCGAACAAGGUAGUUCACCAGCGUCAAUUGCUGGUCAACGAGGAGGAAUCGGUGAAUAUGGUGAAAAGGGAGAAAAAGGAAUCGGAGGAGAUCAAGGAAUCCAUGGAUUGAAUGGAUUGUCAGGAUUUCCCGGAGCGCCAGGCAUUAAUGGGGAUCAUGGUGAUGGUGGUCCUCGAGGUAUUCGAGGAAUGGAUGGACCUGAAGGAGAACAAGGAUUGAAAGGUCAAAAAGGUCAACCUGGGCUAGAUGGAAAAGAUGGACUUAAAGGUAAAAUUGGCUUAAAAGGGUUUAUUGGUGAUAUUGGAGAUCCUGGUAUACAAGGACCAAGGGGUCCAAAAGGUAAAUUUAUCGAACUUUCAAAGCCGACCAAAGGUCCCCCUGGGCUAUCUGGUCCACCAGGUCCAAAAGGAUCAACAGGUAGUGAUGGAGUUCACGGGUUACCCGGACCGAUGGGCUAUCCUGGUGAGCCAGGUCUCCCUGGUCCUCUUGGACCAGCGGGAUUGGAUGGACUUCCUGGUUUUUCAUAUAAUGGAGAUCCUGGAGAUCAAGGUUACCCAGGUUUACCUGGACCUCCAGGAUUACGAGGUCUUAGUGGACGACCUGGAAUGGUGGGUGAAAAAGGUGUUUAUGGUGAUGAUAUUGUUGGUCCACCAGGAUUUUCAGGUCUUUAUGGAUUGCCUGGCUGGGGUGGGCUACCUGGUGAAAGAGGUGAAACUGGUGAGCCAGGUGACAAAGGUACAGCAGGUAGAGGAAUACCCAACGAAGGUCCUACAGGGCCUCGCGGUUUACCUGGCUUCCCAGGGGACCCUGGUGAUCAUGGCUUACCAGGUAUACCAGGAGUCAAAGGUUUUCUCGGCAUGAAGGGUGAUGAUUGUAUUAGCUGCCCACCGGGCAGACCUGGAGGCAAAGGAGAGCCAGGAUUUAAGGGACUUUCCGGAAUGCCUGGAUGGCCUGGGAGGCCAGGAUUACCCGGGCUUCCUGGAAUAUCAGGAUUUCCAGGUAAAACAGGAAAACAGGGCUCACCAGGAUUAAAAGGAAUUCGUGGUUCACUUGGUAUAUUCGGAUUGAAAGGGCCAAAAGGUGAUCCCGGAGAGAUCGAAAUGCCACUUUUUGAUGGAAGCUCAUUACGAGGUCCAAAAGGCGAACAAGGUCUGCCAGGAUUACCUGGUAAAACUGGCAGUCCAGGAAUUGAAGGUCGACCAGGAUUACCAGGAUUGCAAGGUAUAAAAGGCAAAACCGGAGAUUAUGGUGUAGAUGGAGAAAGAGGACCAAGAGGGAAUCUUGGUAUUAGUGGAACAAAGGGUCCAAAAGGUAAUCCUGCUUACUAUUAUCCUGAAACAAUGGGUGUCAAGGGUGAAAAAGGAGAGACUGGAGAUGUCGGUCUACCUGGUCAACUUGGAGAUCAAGGCGAAAAAGGAGAUUGGUUCGCAAGAGGAGAGAAUCUUAUGAAAUGGGGAACAAUAGGAGAAUCAGGUGAAAAGGGAGAUUCUGGAAGUCCAGGUUUGGAUGGAUUAUCAGGAAGAAAAGGUGAACAAGGGUCACCAGGAAUCCCCGGAAUGCAGGGUAAGCCUGGGAUGCCUGGAAUAAGUCCAAUAGGCCCUAGAGGAUUUAAGGGAUUCAAAGGAUCACCAGGAGAUUUCGGCGAAGACGGACCGAUGGGUGUCAAAGGAGAGCUUGGAGACAAAGGUUUUCCUGGAUUUCCUGGAUUACCAGGGCCAACAGGGGAUCGCGGCGAAAGUUAUAAAGGUCAAACUGGUAAGCGGGGUGAACCAGGAAUAAAGGGAUUUCAAGGCGAAUAUGGUGAUUAUGGAUCACCUGGUGAGAUCGGUUCUCAAGGGCCAAGAGGCUAUAAAGGAGAGCAAGGUGAUUAUGGAUUCUCUGGACUUAUGGGACCGAAAGGUAGCAAAGGGCCAGCAGGAGAAAUAGGAAUUAAAGGUCAUUCCGGUUUUCCUGGAAGGAAUGGUUCAAGAGGAUUUCCAGGAGAUAAAGGAAUCCCUGGAGAUCCUGGACCAAAUGGGAUGCUUGGAGUGCCUGGAAUUCUCGGUGAUACUGGUGAUCCUGGAAACGAUGGUCGAGACGGUUAUCCCGGUUGGCCUGGAAUCGCUGGAAAAAUCGGAAUGAACGGAUUUGAUGGACUUCCAGGAUUACCUGGUCCUCCUGGUGACGAAGGAGAUACAGCUCCUGAUGGAACACCGGGCCCUCCGGGUCCACAAGGUUUUGUUGGAUUACCUGGUAUACAGGGUGAAGAUGGUGUUAAAGGAGAAAGAGGAGAUUUUGGACCAAUCGGAGAUAAAGGUAGCCCAGGCGAUCCAAGUAAUUUAGGGCUGAAAGGUCAACCAGGUGAACGUGGUCCUAAUGGAUAUUCAGGUCCUCCAGGUCCUCAGGGAUUCAAAGGUGAAAAGGGAGAUACGGGAAUUGCUGGACAAAUGGGUUAUGGAUCAAGAGGUCCUCCUGGACCAGAAGGAUUACCUGGUCUAUCAGGAAUGUUUGGGUUAACGGGUAUUCUUGGAGAAUUCGGAGAUAAUGGUGAACCAGGUGCCAAAGGAAUAGUAGGCGAUAUCGGUGAUCCAGGUUAUCCCGGAUUACCGGGGAUGAUUGGAUUAGCCGGAAAGCCAGGAAUAACUGGAAUCGAUGGAAAACCUGGUCCAACAGGUGAGAAAGGACCUAAAGGUUAUCAAGGAAACAACGGUCUACAAGGAAUAAUCGGGGAACCAGGUGAGCCUGGUAUUAUGGGAUCGAUCGGAUUGAAAGGACUAAAAGGUUAUCGUGGGGAAAAAGGUUUUCCACAACCGAUCCCUGAUCGCUAUGAUGAUGAUAACAUGGGAGUUCCUGGACCACCAGGCAUGAAAGGAGGACGAGGUGAAGAUGGUUUACCAGGUUAUCCUGGACCUCCAGGUAGCAAGGGUGACGCUGGAUAUGAUGGGAGGAGUGGAUUUCCUGGUAUGCAAGGAGCUCCAGGAGAAAUGGGUGAAAUUGGUCCCGUUGGUCCACAAGGUGAACCCGGAAUCAGUUAUACAGCUUUAAAAGGACUACCUGGGUUGCCGGGACUUUAUGGCUCUCCCGGACUUCCUGGUGAGGACGGACUUCCAGCAGCGAAAGGAAUGAAAGGUUUACCUGGUGAUCUAGGGCGUCCUGGGCCAAAAGGAGAUUUUGGUGAGAAAGGAGAGCCUGGAAUACCAUCUCUUGAAUACUCAGGCUCAACUGGUGAAAAAGGGGACUUUGGUGAACCUGGAUUCCCUGGCCCUCGAGGUGAGCCAGGUUAUAGUCCACCUCCCGCUCCUGAUGGAGAGAUUGGUGAUCUUGGUAUACCCGGUCCAAUUGGAUAUAAAGGCUAUGCUGGUGAGAAAGGUCUUAGAGGGGACAUAGGGCCAAAGGGAGCAGCGGCUCCAGCUAGAGAUACGAUUGACAAGGGGGAAAAGGGAGAUAAAGGCUAUCCAGGCUUAACGGGACUUUAUGGCCUCAGAGGUUUUGCUGGUGCUGCGGGUGAUCCAGGUUAUCAAGGACCUGAUGGACUAUCUGGAGAUAUUGGCCCUCAAGGAUUGAAAGGGCUCGAUGGGUUAGACGGAAUCAGAGGAUUAUCUGGCGAUAUUGGAUACCCUGGAAAGCCUGGUGCUAUUGGAAGCACAGGGAAUCCCGGUAUUUCUGGUGGCGAAGGACCAACUGGUCGACUUUCAUCUUCACGAGGUUAUCAUUUUACGCGACACUCUCAGCAAGUUACAAUACCGCAGUGUCCAUCGGGCACAACUGAACUUUGGACUGGUUACUCUUUACUUUACAUUAUGGGUCAUGAUGGUACUCAUGGUCAAGAUUUGGGUUCACCUGGUUCGUGUUUAAGACGUUUCAAUACAAUGCCUUACAUUGUCUGUAAUGAAGAAGAUACUUGUAGUUAUGCUCAAGCGAACGAUUACUCUUACUGGUUAAGUACCACUGAACCCAAACCCAAUUCUGGUACACCGGUUGUUGGAUCAACUAUUCAAAAAUAUAUCUCUCGGUGUACAGUUUGUGAAGCGCGAACUCAGGUCAUUGCGGUUCACAGCCAAACUAAUUCAGUACCAGAAUGUCCGAGAAACUGGGACUCUCUUUGGGAAGGUUACAGUUUCUUAAUGAAUACCGAUGCUGGACCUGGUGGAGCUGGUCAACCUUUGAAUUCGCCUGGUUCAUGUUUGGAAGAUUUCCGAGCUUAUCCUUUCAUCGAAUGUCAUGGACAUGGGCGUUGUAACUAUUAUCAAACCUCGAUGAGUUUCUGGCUUAUGGCUUUAGAACGAGAUUUUAAGAGACCGAUAUCGGAAACAAUUGGGAGAUCUCUUGUUCGAUCGAGAGUAUCUCGGUGUAGGGUCUGUAUUCGAAGUAUAUUACCGAUCUCAAAGAAGAGAAGACCAAGCAUUAGUUCGAGUCCGAUUGUCAGUAUGGGUUAAUCAACUUUUCGAAUCUAUAAAUAUAAAUUAUUAAUGGAAUUUCAAUUAAACUUGUCAAACACAUGAUUCAAUAAGAACCAGUUUUAUCUGAUUUAUGUGAUUAAAUUCAAAUGAUUGCGCUUUUAUCUAAAUUUGUAUCAUAUUAUAACAACAAUGUUAAUAAAGUGAAAUUUUUCUCGAUAAUUGAAAAUUAA